CCCAACAUGGCUGCUGCUAUACAGUAAAGACACAUAACUACCGUUGCACUCGGUAGAAAAGCACACAUUCAUAAGGAUAUCAACAGCGACCUAAAAAUAACGGAAGAUCUCUACAUGACUGUUAUGAAGAGGAUCUCUGUCCUGCACCUGAGCAACAAUUAACCCUCCAAAUCCAAAAUCCCCACAUCCCAGAAUUCCCUGCUCCCCUCUGCUGGUCCUGCAGCUGUGUGCGUGCCUCCUGUCACACUGGCAGAGGAGGCGGGGCAGGUGGUGUCGCCAGGUGGGGGGACCAAGGCUGCACCCGCCUGCCUUCUUCACCUUCCUCCGUCCUUACCCGAACCGCCCCAUCCGCGGCUCCUGCAGGCGGCGGGCUGAGAGGGAUCGGCCCGAGACCCCCGAGUUCGCCGCGUCCGGAUUGGGAUACUGCGGAGGAGCGGCGCCGACGGGGCUCGGCCUGGCGGGGUUGGCCGGUUGAGAAGCGGAGCAUGUGGAGUGGCUGUGGUUGCUAUGGAGUCGCAGGAUAAGAAGCAGGAGGAGGAUGUGACUCUGGGACUGUCCACUGGUCAGGCUCUGAAGAAGCUCCGGGAUCAGCUGAGCAGCCUGCUGGAGCAGCACCAGAGAGCCGCACGCAGACGAGUCUCUGCUCAGGAACAGUGGGUGUACAGCUUCCUUUACCAUGGCAACCGUCACUCCUGCCUCCAUUGGCCGGGGGCCGCCCUCACUUUACUUGUGGUGCUGGGACUCUUGUGUUGCCACGGCAGCCAGCCUAAGGGCAGUUCUGGCAUAGAGCUGGUGAACGCUGCACUCCUACUUCUCCUCUUCCUGCUCAACCUGCUGCUGGUCGGACGUCAGGAGAAGCUGAAGAGGAGUGAGAUGGUCCACCGCCUUAAAGGCAUCAUCACGCAGCUCAGCGACUAUCUGUCAGGGUGUGUGGGUGAAGUACGGUGGUCUCCGUCUCUCUACCCCGACCUGUACACCCCCUCGUCCCCGUCGUGGUCCCUCCACUGGACCUACCGGGACUCCCAGCUGAUCAACCUGCCUGUGAGUCUGCUGGUGGAAGGAGACAUCAUCGCUCUGAGGCCUGGACAAGAAGCAUUUGCAUCACUCAGAGGAAUUAAGGAUGAUGAACACAUUGUAUUGGAACCAGGAGAUUUAUUCCCACCAUUCUCCCCUCCUCCUUCCCCACGGGCCAAUGAGAAGAGAGGCCCCCAGCGCCCCCAGCAGCACCGCCUCUUCAGAGUGGUGCGGACUCCAGUUCUGGACCCAGUCAGGAACAGUUUGGAAAUGGCACGGUCUCGACCAAUCACAGUGCUGGACAACGAGAGGUUUACAGUACAGUCAGUCAUCACCAAAGUUGUCUGUCCUGUUGUGCUGGUGGCGUUCCUCCUUGUAAACACCAUCCGCUAUUUUUGUGAUGCACCCAGUCUGACCCCACCCUGCUACAAUUUCUUUCAACUUCAGGUGAUGGGUGCUCUGCCCAUCCUGCCGCUGCUCUUCCCCGUCAUGUGGGUGCUGGUGAACGCCUUCGGAGAAGCCAGGGUCCUCGCCGAGUUCAGCCGCGCAUCACCAGCUGGCCUGCUUGCUAAGUUCUCUGAGGACACUCUAAGCAGCUACACGGAAGUGGUUUCCUCCCAGUCAGCACAUCUUGACCAGACAGCUCUGGAUGAGAUGCUGCGGUGUGUGUGGAGACACCUGGUUGGAGUCCUGAAGGGAGAAUCUCAGACACUGUGCUACACCUCCAGUCUUUUACACACUCUGGGGUCUGUCACUGUGCUGUGUUGUGUAGAUAAGCAGGGCAUCCUGUCAUGGCCCAAUCCCAGUCCAGAGACGGUGCUGUUCUUCAGUGGACGGGUUGAACCUCCUCACAACAGCCAGGAUGAUCUGAGAGACGACCUGUCUGUCAACUCCUACUGUAGAAUGGAGACUGAUGAUGAUCGGGAUGAGGCACAGGAAGUGGAGGCUCUGCUCUGUUUACCAGCAGAGCCCUCCGCCCAGCUGGGAGAGGGGCCCGAACCCAGCGAGACAUCACACGACACGGCUCGCUCCAGCGACACGCUCCGGCUCCUCCGCUCCUGCCAGCCAGUGCACACACGCACCAAACACCACUCUGGAUCCAACGUGAGCUUCAGCCAUGACACGGAGGGAGGCGAAGACGACCAGGCCCAGGACUUCGGGAUGGGCUGUCCGGAGGCGGAGGCGGACGAUUUCGUGUGCGACUACCACCUGGAGAUGCUGAGCCUGUCCCAGGACCAGCAGAAUCCAGCCAGCAUCCAGUUUGAUGAUCUGUCCUGGCAGUGUCACCUCCCCUCCCUCAAACCUCUGGGUCUGAACAUCAUGCUGAACCUCUGCAAUGCCAGCGUCACCCAGCAGCUCUGCCGCUUCUCCGACCAUCUGUCUAACCUGGCUCUGCAGGAGAGCCACGGCACCGUACUGCCCGUCUGCGUCCCCUGGGGGCUCUGCGAACUCUCCAGGCUCAUAGGGUUCACUCCUGGUGCGAGGGAGCUGUUUAAACAGGAGAACCACUUGGCUCUGUACCAGCUGCCGUCUGGAGAGAAGCCCAAGGAGCUGUCGUCCCGCCGCCUGCAUUACUUCAUCAAACGCCAGCCUCCCAUCUCCCACCUCAUCUCCCUGUUUGUACGAGACUCCUCCUCCAAUAACGUCCAGAUGCUGUCUCACGGCUCGGCCGACCUCAUCCUGGAGUCGUGCACUGACUUUUGGGAUGGAACUGAUAUUUAUCCCCUCUCAGGCUCAGACAGAAAGAAGGUUCUGGACUUCUACCAGCGCGCCUGUCUGUCAGGUUACUGUUCGGCGUUCGCCUACAAACCCAUGCAGGUGUCACUGUCCAGCCAGCUGAAUGGGAAGUGCGUGGAGCUGACCCACGGCCCCUGCCUCUUCUCUGGACUGGAGCUGCCCUCCACCACUCCCAUCAAACACAACUCCUGCAGGAACAGCUGGAGCUCAGACGAGGGUAUAGGUGAAGGUGUGGAGCGUGAGGACUGCGUGCAGGCGCUGAGCGGGCAGAUCUUCAUGGGCAUGGUGUCGUCUCAGUUCCAGGCCAGGCUGGACACGGUGCGGCUCAUCGACGCCCUGGUCACCGCCUGCAUCCGCUUUGUUUACUUUUCUAUGGAGGACGAACUGCGCAGCAAGGUGUUUGCAGAGAAGAUGGGUUUAGAGACAGGCUGGAACUGUCACAUCUCUCUGACUCCGAACGGAGACAGUCCGUGUGAUGGAGGUCCAUCCAGCCCCGGUCACGGCUCCCUCCACGAAGACCUGAACCAGGACUCUCGGGAUGAAGCAGAAGGUCCUCUGCUGCCAGAGGAGGAAGCUCACUCUGACCUGGCCAGCUUCCAGCCCACAGACAGCGAUGUGCCCAGCUUUCUGGAGGACUGUAACAGGGCCAAGCUACCUCGUGGUAUCCACCAGGUUCGUCCUCAUUUGAAGAACAUAGAUAACGUGCCUCUCCUGGUGCCACUUUUCACAGACUGCACCCCUGACACAAUGUGCGAGAUGAUGAAGAUCAUGCAGGAGAACAGGGAGGUUACAUGCUGUCUGGGAAGCUCUGCCAAUUUCCGUAACAGCCGCCUGUUCUUACAGAGUGACGUCAGCAUCGGUCUGGACCCUCUGUACCCGUCUCAGUGUUCGUGGGAGACGUUCGGCUACGCCACAGGAGGAGGAUUCAACGGAGAGGUGGAGGGUCUGUCUCCACUGAGGCUCUCCGGACAGCUCAACAGUAUGGGCUGCUCCGUCACCUUCCACCAGGGAGAGAGCGUCAGCAUGGUCAAACUCAUAGAGCAGGCUCGACACACCACCUACGGCAUCCGCAAGUGCUUCCUGUUCCUGCUGCAGUGUCAGCUCAGUCUGGUCAUCAUCCAGUUCUUAGCCUGUCUAGCUCAGCUCCCUCCUCCCAUAAACACCACCGACAUCCUCUGGCUGUCCUGCUUCAGCUGCCCACUGCUGAGUGUGUCUCUUUUGGGGAAGCCACCAGACAGUUCAGUCAUGUCAGUCGCUACAGGGAAGAACCUAGAUGCCAUUCCCAGGAAGACUCAGAACUACUUCCUGGGCUGCUUCCUGUUGAAGUUCAGCCUGACGGUGUGCGCCUACCUGGUGGCGUUCGGCUUCACCCUUCAGGAAAUCUGCCUCAGAAGCAACAACCUCACCUUAUCUGACAACAGCACUGUCACCUGCCUUCAUAUACUCACUACCAGCUCUUCAGACGAAGCUCCUCAUUGGUUCAGCGAGCUGUCAAAUGGCCUGCUACUGACUCAGAAAGUCAUGGCAGGGUUCCUCGUCUUACACACAGUGGUGAUCUCUCUCAGCUACGUCCACCGCUCUCAGCCUCUGUGGAGGAAGAGUCCAUUCAGCAACACCUGGUGGUGUCUCACUGUACCUGUGGUUCUGCUGAGUCAGGUGGUUCAGGCUACGGUGGAUUACCAGCUGUGGCGUGAUCAGAGCAGCCUGCUGACCUUUGACCUGGCUGACAUCCCUCUGCUGGCCUGGCUGCUGGCCUCUCUGUCCCCGCUGCUGGUGGUGGUGGUCAACGAGGUGGUGAAGCUGCACGAGAUACGGGUGCGAGUUCGCUACCAGAAGAGGCAGAAGCUGCAGUUUGAAACAAAGCUGGGAAUGAACUCUCCUUUCUGAGACCUUCCCCUCACAGCUGGAAGUUGGACAUGGGUUUGUCAUGGCAACACUGGGAAACCAGUCAGUCAAGUCAGUUGUGGAAAGCAGGGAAACACUGCAGUCCCCUCCAUCAA